ACACACACACUCUCCCGCGCGCGCACUGCCCGCAACAGCUUACACAGCACGCGCGCUCACACUAUCUCUCUCUCUCACACACACACACACAAUACACACACACACACACAGAGUCGCGCGCGCUCAGUAGGAGCAGCAGUAGGAGGCACGUGCUGCUGGGCUUCAGCACCGGGACAGCUCCCGUGCGCGCGCUCUAGUCCCCCGUGCUCCGGUCCGCCGUUGCCCCCUGCGCGCGGGCGCGGGGCUGUUGCCAUGGCCACCGUGCUGCAGGGUCAGAAGCAGCUCCUGGAGAAGUUUUGGAGAGGCGCGUGCAGAGCCGUAACCACGCCCCGCCCGGAGAGCGUCAUCAUCGCCAGCAUCGCCGCGCGCAGAGCGCUCAGCAGCAGCAGCGCGUUGAUGCCCAAAUGCGGUGAAACCUCUCUACAGCCGGCAGAACCACCAGAGCCAGAACCAGAACCAGAACCAGAACUGGAGAUAAAGUCCAUGCAGAGGAAGCGGCACACCAAAUGCAGCCGAACCCGGAAACACCAUAGUCGCCAUCGCUCUCGCAGUGUGUCGUCUGAUGGUGAAUUCUCCCCCCGGCCGAUGUCUAAAUCAAAGAAGAAGAAGAAGAAAUCAGAGAGGAAGAGGAGGAGAGAACGGUCAUCCUCCGCUAGCGUGUCACCGGUAAGGAAGAAGAAGAAGAAGAAGAGCUCGAAGAAGAGGAAGCAGCACAGGUCUGCUUCCAAGAAGAGACGGCACAGCUCUUCCUGCAGCAGACGCAAAAGGAAGGAGGAGAGAAGAAAACAUAAAAAGAGGUCUCGGAGCGACUCCCAUCACAAACACCGUCUGAGGAGGGCAGAGCCUCACAGCCCUGACUGGACACCUACAGCCAUAGAUAACAGAUCUGAAGAUCAUGGUAAAUCUGGCUGUGGAGACGGCACUCAUCCUCCGGGGGACCUCAGGAGAAGUUUAGAGUGGGGGUCAGCCGUCAAGCUAGCCAAUAAAAUCCCCUCUAAGUGCUGCAAUAUGCUGCCUGAAUGCUCUGUCGGACUCUCGCGCCCUGGGCUUGAAUCUUUAAGCAAAGCGGGCGACGGCCAGGCCUCGCUGUCCAAUCAGGGCAAAGGGCACCCAGAUUACGAUUCAGGAAAUGACACGUCUUCUCCACCGUCCACCAAAACCGGCAUCUCCAGAGCGAAGGCUGUGGGGAAGGCAGCGUCUCCGGAGAAGCUCCGGUUUACGGACAGGGACAACGCCUCAGAUUCCGGAAACUCGCUGACCAGCUACCACUCCGCGGGUAAAACAGCACCGAGCAAAAGCACCCUGUCCGGCUCCGCGUUCAAAAAGAUCAAACGGGAAGAGCGAAAUCUGAGGUUGCAGCCUGCGGGACGUGGAUCUGCUCGGAGUUUCAGUCCGAAUAACAGCAGAUAUCGUUCAGAAUCUCGGUCCCGCAGCCGGAGCAGAUCAUCCCGAAGCUCCCGACACUGGGGACGCUACUCCAGGAGCAAGUCCCUGUCCUCCAGCCACAGGUCGUAUUCCCGAUUGUCGAGUUACUCGCGAGACUCAAGGAGGGGAAGUGUCUGCAGUGUGGGAAGCCGGCGGAGCCUGAAGCACUCGAGAUACACCCCGGACAGGACCCGGGAGAGGAAGCGAGGCUCUGGAUCCAGCGAGAACCAAUCAAAACGAAGGAGGAAGAGCCGCCGGAGACGAGCUUCCACACCACUGAGGAAGAGGAGGAGAGAUUCACCCAGUCAUCUGGAGGCUCGCAGAAUUACCAGUGCGAGGAAGAGACCCAUCCCGUACUACCGGCCGAGUCCGUCCUCGUCCUCCAGCUGCAGCAGUCUGUCCUCCUGGAGUCUGUUCUCCCUGAACCGCAGUCCGACCCGCAGCCGCAGUCGCUCGCAGUCCCGCAGCUGCAGCCGCAGCUCAUCCUGGAACUCUCUCUACAGCCGCAGUCGGAGUCGCAGCCGGAGCUACGAUUCUUUAGCGAGCUACAGCCGAGCGCGACGCUAAUCUACGACUUACGCUGAAUUUUAUUCGGAAACAAUAACGUAAAGAGCUGAAGGAGUUCAGGACGGUUCUGGUUGGUUCAGGAUGUCGGUGUUGAGUGUUCUGUAUUUGGGACGACUCUGGGAUGACUCUCUGAAACUUUACGUAUUUCAGUUUUUCCUUCUUUCAAAUGUUUAAAAAAAUUCACUGGAUUUGUUUUUCCGAAGAGAAACGUCAACUUUAUCAUCUUUCUGCUGUUUUUGGUUUUUGAAGCUUCAUGAGCUGCAGUGCCAAAAACUGUUUGCGAUUGUUUAAGAAUCAGCACGACUUUCCUUGUUGAAUUUUUUUGUUUUUUUUUGUCAAAAAAUCUUCAAACAGAGGCAUAAACUAAUAAUUAACAUCUAAUACUUGAUGCAGUUUUGCAGAGUAGAAUAUACUGAUACAGCACAAUAUCCAUAUUUUCUUACAGCCUUGAUAUUUAUGUUAAUCUCAUUGAUUGGUCUGGUUUACUCAUACUCGAAUCACAUGACUGAUAAAACUAGUUGAAUUAGCUUUGCUUUUUUACGUAUUACAUUUUAUUUCUCUUUCAAAUUUUAGCGUAUUUUGAUUUUUAUAUUUUUU